AGGCUGGGCGUGAGGGUCCGGCUGGCUGGAAGGGAGCCUCCCCCUGACCCUCCUCCUUCUCCUCCUCCUCCACCACCACCACAGCAGCCUGGGCCUGGGCGGGCUCGGGCCGAGAGGCGGAGGCACUCGGGAGAGCCCCCCAAAGUUUGCAGAGCGGCUGUUGCGCUGGCGGCAAUGUGGCUGCUAUGGCUGUUCCUGGGCUCGGCGGAAAGUCAACUCUUACCUUGGAAUAAUUUCACAAAUGAAUGUAAUAUUCCUGGAAACUUCAUGUGCAGUAAUGGACGCUGUAUCCCAGGAGCCUGGCAGUGUGAUGGGCUGCCAGACUGCUUUGAUGAAAGUGAUGAGAAGGAAUGCCCAAAAGCAAGAUCUAAAUGUGGGUCCACCUUCUUCCCAUGUUCCAGUGGAAUUCAUUGUAUCAUUGGCCGUUUUCGAUGCAAUGGUUUUGAGGAUUGUCCUGAUGGUAGUGAUGAAGAAAAUUGUACAGCAAAUCCUUUGCUGUGUUCUACUGACCGAUUUCACUGUAGGAAUGGCCUGUGCAUUGAUAAAAGCUUUAUGUGUGACAACCAAAAUAACUGCCAGGACAACAGCGAUGAAGAAAGCUGCGGAAACUCUCAUGAAGCUGACAGCAAUCAAAAUUAUGUGACAACAGAGCCUCAGCUGAUCUUCUAUCCCAGCGUUACCUAUGCAAUCAUUGGCAGCUCUGCUAUUUUUGUGUUGGUGGUGGCACUCCUGGCCCUAAUUUUGCACCAUCAGCGAAAACGCAACAACCUCAUGACACUUCCCGUACAUCGACUGCAGCAUCCUGUCCUCCUGUCUCGUCUCGUCGUCCUUGAUCAUCCACAUCAGUGCAAUGUCACCUAUAAUGUUAACAAUGGGGUCCAGUAUAUGUCUACCCAGGGCUAUCAUAGACCGCCAGAUUUAGAUUCACCACCAUCUUAUUCAGAAGCUGUGCUAGAUCAAAGCAGACCCCCGUGGUUCGAUCUUCCUCCACCUCCAUAUUCCUCAGAAAUAGGAUCCCGGAAUCAUUUAGAUCUUCCUCCAUAUCGUUCUCGAACUGGAAGUGUGGUAAGCACAGAUGCUUCAGAGACAAGAGGUCCAGAGACUUUGGACAGCAGUCCAUCAAGAAACCUUUUUACUGGUAUGGAGCAUCACAGUACGCUGCGUGAAAUUACAUCUGAGCCAAGUGACUCUCUGAUCAAUUCAGUUCCUGUCUGAAAACUGUAAACAAUUAUUUAUGCACAUUUUUAUGGCUGUCUGCUUGAACUUGUACCAACAUUAAAAAGUCCCAAAUCAUUUGGCCUUUUUCUACUUGAUGAUCGCAAGUGUUUCUGUGAAAGGAACAAGAGCUAUGUGCAUUACCAUUAAACAACUUCCUUCAAUCAUUUCAAGGGAGAAUGAGCAAGAAAAGGUGCCAGUGGCCUCAGUCUUGCUAGAUUUAACUACUGAAUUAUGAAGGUUGAAGCAAUUGAGAACAAUUCAUUUUCACUUCCUCUCUGUUAUAACAUGCUGUUAAAGCACAUCAGGACUUUACUAGAAUUCAUGUACUGAAAUUAAACAUAUAUACAUGCCAGAGGUGGGUUGCUCCUGGUUCGGCCCGGAUUAAGCAGCAGCGGGAGGCUCA